GUUGUCGACCAGGUGGGGCGCUCCUCUGCUCUGGCAUUUCUAUCAGAUAGAGCAUGAGUCAGAUUUGAAUAGGCCAUCACGUCAGUAUAAGUACUCUUCACAGCCAAGUUCAAAGGACAGCACAGCUCCGAACCUUGCAGUGAGUGUCCGGGAGCAAAGGAAUAGAUAUUUUUAUCCCAGACUGAGAGUUACUAAGGGGAGUCAGCCACGUUCUCUCUGGAGCAAUUUGGAGACCGCACAUUUUGUCACCUAAUCUGGUACAUCACCUAGAACAAAGAUGCCUAAAACGAUCAAUAUUCGGGUUACGACCAUGGAUGCUGAACUGCAGUUCUCUAUCAAUCCUAACACCACUGGCCAACAGCUGUAUGAAGAGGUGGUCGGGAUGGUGGGGCUUCGGGAGGUCUGGUACUUUGGCUUACUGUACACCGACACCAAAGGCUUCCACACAUGGCUGAAGUUUAAUAAGAAGGUGACAGCCCAAGACAUAAAGAAAGAGUCCCCCAUCCAGUUCCGUUUCCGGGCCAAGUUCUACCCAGAGGAUGUGGCUGAGGAACUGAUCCAGGACAUCACACAGAAGCUUUUCUUUAUGCAGGUGAAGGAGGCUAUCCUAACUGAUGAGGUGUACUGCCCUCCAGAGUCAGCCGUCUUGCUGGCCUCCUACGCCGUCCAGGCAAAGUUUGGUGACUUCGACAAGGAGACCCACCGGAACGGAUACCUGGCCCAGGAGCACCUGCUACCCAAGAGAGUGCUAGAUCAGCACAAGCUGUCUAAAGAGCAGUGGGAGCAGAGGGUCCAAACAUGGCAUGAGGAGCACAGAGCUAUCUCCAAGGAGGAUGCUAUGCUGGAGUAUCUAAAGAUUUCCCAGGACCUGGAGAUGUAUGGAGUUAACUUCUUUGAAAUCAAAAACAGGAAGGGAACUGAACUGUGGCUUGGGGUGGAUGCUCUUGGACUCAACAUUUACGAGAAGGAGGACAGACUGACUCCAAAGAUUGGGUUUCCGUGGAGUGAAAUUAGGAACGUUUCAUUUAGCGACAAAAAGUUCAGCAUCAAGCCAAUUGAUAAGAAAGCUCCUGACUUUGUGUUCUACGCCCCUCGGAUCCGCAUGAACAAGCGUAUCCUGGCCCUGUCUAUGGGGAACCACGAGCUGUACAUGAGGAGGAGGAAGCCAGACUCCAUCGAAGUCCAACAGAUGAAGACUAAGGCCAAGGAGGAGAGGCUCCAGAAACAGUUGGAAAGAGCCCAGCUGGAGAACGAGAAAAGGAAGAGGGAGGCCAUGGAGAGAGAGAAGGAGCAGAUGGAGAGAGAGAAGAAGGACCUGAUGCUGCGACUUUACGAGUUUGAAGAGACAACUAAGAAAGCAGAGAGAGACCUGCAGGAGCAGCUGGAAAGAGCUGCUUGUCUGGAGGAGGAGAGGAGGAGGGUGGAGAUGGACGCAGCCAGGCUGGAGGCUGAGCGGCAGGCUGCUCUGCUGGCCAAAGAGGAACUGGCCAGACAGGCCGAGAUUCAGCUCGAGAGUCAUGAAAGGCUGGCUGCAGAACUUGCAGAGUACACUGCCAAGAUUGCCCUGCUGGAGGAGGCCAAGAGGACCCAGGAAGAGGAGGCAGAGAACUGGCAGUCCAGGGCUAGAGUGGUGGAGGAGGAUCUUCUAAAGACGAGGGAAGAGCUUCACAUGGUGAUGGCGGCCCCCGCGGCCCCACCCUCAUCUGACAGCAGCCACAGCAGCCACAGUGACCACGAAGAGAAUGAGGAGAACAACAGCUACAGCGCCGAGCUCCACCAACAGGACAUCCACGACCACAGGCAGGAGGAGGACCGCAUCACAGAGGCAGAGAAGAACAAACGCAUCAAAGAACAGCUGAUGUCGCUGAGUGAGGAGCUAGCCCAGACCAGAGACGAUACCAGGAAGACUCAGAAUGAUCUGCUCCACACAGAGAACGUCCGCGCUGGCCGAGACAAGUACAAGACCCUGCGACAAAUCCGUAUGGGCAACACCAAGCAGAGAGUGGAUGAGUUUGAGGCCUUAUAAACCACAUAGAGGCCUAAGAGGAGAGAGAAAGUAGAGAAAUUGUCCAUAAAACAACAAGAAAUAUCCUUGUUGAUCCCUGUUUUUCUGGAAGCAAUGCUGAUCUCUGUUUAACCAGAUGUAAAACAUCUCCAACCCAACUGUUAUGUUAAUGAGGCAAAGAUAAUAUCAGACACACUGAUAAAGAUCAUUUGUAACAUUUUGAAAACCCAACCUUUUCACUGAUAUUGCUGCCUUUUUAAAAUUGCUCAUAAUUUUUCAGGAAACAAACUUGUAGCAGGAUAGGAUUUAAUAAUCCAAGCUAGGAAGACAAAUAAUUCCUGCAAAGAAAGUCUAUGUUGGUUUCAAUUAAGCAUUCAAUGACACUGAAUUUUGCUUCCACAAUUAACUCCAAUAGCCGCCCCUAAAAGGAACAGGUUCUGUAAGGUGUUAUCCUGAAAAUGAUUUCCAGAUUCUGUAAUGUUUUGCCAUGUUUUUCCUUGGUGCGCUGUAGAAUCCUGUGUACAUUUCCCUAUUUUGCUUUGGAAGCUUCUUAAACUGAGUUUUACAGCCACUGUCUCUCUUAUAUCAGAAUAAGGAUUAUUGAAUGAACGUUAUAAAUAUACCCACUAUGGACUCAUAUGAUUGCACAAUGACUUACAAGUAAAUAAUUACUCAUUUAGUUUUGAUCAGAGGGGGCUGCUCUCACUCCUUAAUGCCUCUUGUUAAGUACACUUGGUGUCUACAAUAGCUUUUUUUUCCUUUUCUUUUUUUACCAGAACUCAAGCACUUCAUUGUCAAUUGAAGAUGCAUCCAAAAGUGAUUAAGAAUGCUUAUCGGUGCUAGUACUGUUUUACCCAUUAAACAACAGCAUUCUGUGUCAUUUGCAGCUUUAUAUUUAAAAACAUAUUUACUAUUAUGUUUAUAUCAUGUGAUAUCUGCAGCCUGUCGUGUUGGGAAAUAAAAUAAUAUGGGCCUCAUACUGCACAAUAAAAACACUGAAAUCAAAA